AUCACCAUGGGAUUCAGUGUAGUAUUUUUGGCCCUUCUGGCCCUCGGAGCUGCGGUUCCUCAGCUUCCAAAACAACAUGCUGCUGACCAAGGACUUCUUCAAAAGCAACAGGAAAUUAUCUAUCUUCUCGACAACCUCAUCGGCGAAAUCCCCAAUGAACACUUUCGAGCAAUCGGCCACACUUAUGACAUCGAGGCGAACCUUCAGGCAUACGAGAACCCCAACUUGGUGAAAUACUUUGCCACAGCUGUUAAGACUGGCAAUGUUCAGCCUAAAGGUACCGUAUUCUCUGUAGCGGUGAACCAACUCCGCCAGGAAUUCGUUCUUCUGACAAGAAUCUUCCUCGGAGCCAAGGACUACUCCACUUUCCUCAACACUGCUGCCUGGGCUCGCGUCCACUUAAACGAAGGUCAAUUCGUCAAGGCUUUCAUCCUCGCAGUUCUUCAGCGACCAGACCUCGAAGGUGUUAUCCUCCCACCAACCUACGAAAUCCUUCCCCACUACUACUUCGACUCCAGGGUCAUCCAGGAAGUCCAUAACAUCAAGUCCAAGGGUUUCAAAGCCACUACUGGUGAACAAGUAUUUUAUGUUCCAAUCAACUUCACUUCUCACUUACCAGCUGGUGAGCACAAAAUUGCCUACUUCACCGAAGAUAUUGGACUCAACAACUACUACGAAUACUUGCAACAUGCUGCUUAUAUGCUACCAGAACUCUACCACUCCCACAAAACCUCAUCCGGUGUCUUCGGACCCCACUUCUACGAGAACGACGACCAUAUCGGUUAUGGAGCACGUUGGUACUACCUUCACCAACAACUCUUGGCUCACUACAACCUCGAACGUCUCACAAACGGCCUCGGUCCAAUUGAAGAUUUGGAAUACAACCACCUUGAGAUACCAUUCAAACCCCAUCUUAGCUUCCUCAACGGACUCGAAUUCUCUGGACGCUCCAACGGCCCCAUUGAUGUGACUACCAUUCGUCAAAAUCUUUACAACUACGUCCGCACAUUGGAAAAGAGAGUAUUUGACGCCAUCGACUCUGGACUCGUAAUCACCCCAUCAGGUGCUUUCCUUUCCCUCUACCAACCCCAGGGCUACAACAUCCUUGGUGAUCUCAUCCAGGGAACCGGUCGAAGCGUCAACCCGAGAUACUAUGGUAGUCUCGUUGAAGCAUCUAAAUUCCUUCUUGGAGGAACUCCCGAGUUCAGCAACAUCUGGGAAUACACUCCAGCAGCCAUGGACAUCUCCUGCACCACUCUCCGUGAUCCAGCCUUCUACGUUCUCUUCAAGCGCAUCUUGGGACUCUACAAACACUACCAGGAAUCCCUCCCAGCCUACCAAUACAACGACGUCGUCUUGCAAGGAGUUCAGGUCCAGAAGAUUGACAUAAGCCAACUGGUGACUUACUUCCAGGACUACAUUGUAAAUCUUGACAACGCCGGAGUUGAAGGUGUCUUCGAGAAGGAACAGAAAGAAACUGUACAUGGAGGUAUGGAUAUCAAGGGACUUCUUAAGAGGCUCGACCACCAUCCAUACGAAUACCAGAUCUACGUUCAAUCCCAGAAGGCUAUUUCUAACGCUGUUGUUCGUGUAUAUCUUGGACCCAAAUUCGACCAUGAAGGUCUUCCAAUUGACAUAAACACCAACAGAAUGGACUUUGUUGAACUUGACCAAUUCUUCUAUGACCUUGUUGAGGGACAGAACGUCAUUACAAGGAACUCCCACCAAUCUUCCAUCCACAGCGCUGAUGUUCCAUCAGUUGACGAGAUCCUCCACCAUGUUGAGAGCGCAGCUCAUGCCCAGAGCCCACACUUCGUGUUCGAGCCCCAACAAGUCUAUGGAUUCCCAUCCAGGCUCUCCUUGCCCAAGGGUACAUAUGGAGGUUUCCCAUUCCAACUCCUGGUUGUCGUUUCUGCUGGAAAACAGCCACUCCACUAUGGACCAAUCAUCCCAGACUACGUCAACUCUUACCACAGCCACUCCUACCAACCUGUUAGCGCUGUAGAAUAUGAAACAGUGGUUCAACAGCCAGCCAAGGCCGGAGAAGGAUACACCAUGGUCGAAGUUGUGCCAGAUGUUCAAGAAUUAGGUGUUGGCAGCAAUCAAGGUAAAUUCCACUGGACCGACCUCUACAACAAAUACCACGGAUACUACGCCCAACCCCAAUGGCAAUACCGUCACAGCGAACAUCCCGGAUACCAGUACGCCACUGUCAGUGGACAACAUGGACUGGCUGGACAAGGAAUUAUUGGAGAACACGGAUUCGGAGUUUCCCCAGUCCAGGGAGUUCAUCACGGACCAGGUUUUCACCAGGAACAAGGAGUUCAGCACGGAGUUUCUGAGGGUCUUGGUGCAGGUUACGAAUCUGGUAAAUACCAAAGCAUCUACCAGAGCCACAUCCACAGCGGAAGCGGAGUUGGAGGCGUCGUCGGAGGUCAAACCUACGGAGAAGGAGUAUAUGGACAAAAACAAGUAGUUUAUGGACAAGGUCAAGGAGUUUACGGACACGGAAAAGGAGUCUAUGGACAAGGACAAGGCGUUUAUGGGCAAGGAUUCUACGGACAAGGUUACGGUAAACAACAAGGUGUUUACUCUGGCGCUUACCCAUCUGGAGUCUAUGGAUACGUUUCUGGUAUCCAAACCCAGGCUCCUCAUGAUGAGCUUCUCCAGAAAUACCACCAGGGACUCCACAUUUCCGAACUGAUCGGAGGUGCCAUCUCUCUCGAUGGAAAGCCCUUGGGAUGGCCCUUGGACAGACAGUUGGGCGUCAGCGUAUGGAACGCACCCAACAUCUUCGUAUCCGAUGUCUACAUCUACCACCACGAUGUCCCAGUCACGCAUGUCGUCGAAAGUCAUUAGAACUUCUAUGCAAUUCCUAAAAAAUCGAUUUUAAUAUUUUAAUUAUUGUUUGUAAUUAGUUACCGCGUUAUUUAAAAUGAUGAAAAUAUAUUUUUGUUGAACUCA